UGUGUUAGAAGCUCCAGUCGAUUCUCUGACACGGGAGCGUGUGCUGCCGCUUUUAUUUUGAAGAGAACGGCGCUGAGCUGCUGCAGUGCGAGCAGAACAGCCGCAACAUCAGCCCAGAGCUGCCGCUGCGGUGAGAUCCUCCUCCGGGGAGCCAGCAGCGGUGACCGCGCACUCUGGAUCCACCUGCCGCUGGAUGAAGCUCCUUCCUGGUGUUCCUCGAUGUUUCGGCCCGGCGGUGGACGGAUGGAGAGCUAACCCGCUGCAGGGCGCUGACCUGCCCUCUCUCUGCCUCUCUGCGGUCUGAUCGCGGCCAGACGUGGACGGGGUGAGGACCGGAAUGGUGAAUUCAAAUAUUUCUUCAUAACUGAUCGAGUUUCCCACUCGUCUAUGGGAUGAUUUUUUACGUUGUUUUUAUUGGUGGUGGAAGCUGAAGUGCAUGUCUGAUCAGAGCGGGAGCGGGAUGCAGCGCGGCGGGUGUGUGGCUGCAGGUGGAUGGCCAACCUGACCGUCUCAGCCGCCGUUCCCCCCCUGCAGAUCGGCCGGCAGCAGCCGCCGCCUCGGCGCUGGCUUCUCACGGAUCAGUGAAAAGGACGACAAAUAACGCAGACUUGAGUCGGAGGAAAACAAACAGUUAAAGGCGGAGCCAUGCUUCCAGGGGUCGGGGUGUUCGGCACCAGCCUGACCGCCCGGGUGAUCAUCCCGCUGCUGAAGAACGAAGGCUUCGCCGUGAAGGCGCUGUGGGGCCGGACGCAGGAGGAGGCGGAGGAGCUGGCCAAGGAGAUGAACGUGCCCUUCUACACCAACCGGAUCGACGACGUGCUGCUGCAUCAGGACGUGGAUCUGGUGUGCAUCAACCUGCCGCCACCUCUGACGCGGCAGAUCGCUGUCAAAACGCUGGGUAUUGGCAAAAACGUCAUAUGUGAUAGGACUGCCACUCCUCUGGAUGCCUUCCGAAUGAUGUCAGCUGCUCAGUACUACCCUAAGCUGCUCAGCAUUAUGGGAAAUGUGCUGCGUUUCUUGCCGGCCUUUGUUCGAAUGAAGGAACUUCUGGAGGAAGGGUACAUCGGAGAACUUCUAGUCUGUGAGGCCCAGGUCCACAGUGGCAGUCUCCUGGGGAAGAAAUACAACUGGAGCUGUGACGACCUGAUGGGAGGCGGUGGACUGCAUUCGGUGGGCAGCUACAUCAUUGACCUCCUCACAUUUCUGACCGGUCAGCGUGCGGUCAAGGUGCACGGCUUCCUGAAGACUUUCGUCAAACAGACGGACCACAUCCGGGGCAUCCGUCAGAUAACCAGCGACGACUUCUGCACGUUCCAGAUGGUGUUAGAAGGAGGUGCUUGCUGCACUGUCACCCUCAACUUCAACGUCCCUGGAGAGUUUCGCCAGGAAGUGAUUGUCGUGGGAACCGUCGGGAGGUUAAUGGUCACUGGCACGGACCUGUACGGACAGAAGAACAGUGGCGGGGGGGGAAGUGGUGGCGGACCUGAACUCCUGCUCAAAGACACCACUCCUCUUGAGAAGGCCUCCUUGCCAGAAAAGGCCUUCAGUGACAUUCCGUCCCCGUACCUCACCGGGACAAUCCGCAUGAUCCAGGCUGUGCGGCAGGCCUUCCAAGACCAGGAUGACCGGCGAACCUGGGAUGGAAGGCCCUUGACAAUGGCUGCCACUUUUGAGGACUGCCUAUAUGCUCUUUGCGUGGUGGAUACAAUCAAGAAGUCCAACCAGUGUGGAGAAUGGCAGAACAUUGUGGUGAUGAAGGAAGAGCCGGAGGUCAGCCCUGCCUAUUUGAUCAGUGAGGCCAUGCGACGCAGUAGGAUGUCACUCUACUGUUAACAUCUGGCUGAUGUAUAGGAGGACCGAGGCCUGGGCCUUCAAAGUUCUUUCAUAGAACUGCUGGAUUUAAUUUAUCUCAUCUCUAGUUUUAUUUAAAUGUGCGCUAUUACUGUUACAGAGACUUUAAGCCAAUGUGCUGCAGAUGUCUGUGGUUUCGCUGCCUCAGCAACAAGGGGGAAAGCUAGGUUCUUAACAAUCAAAUCUGUAUUUAUAAAAAAUCUCCAUCUGUUUUUUUAGUUUACAUUUGAUAAGGGACUCAAGUCCUUCUGCUAGAUGUACAUGUAAACCAGACUAAUUCACAAAAGAAUGACAUUAGAAGCGUAUCGGGAAACGAAACUACUUGCUAGUUAGCUGAUCAGUCGGUAAUGACAACCUGUCAGAAACCUGCUUCUGAUCAUUCCGUUCAACAAGAUCACACUUCUGAGUCCUGAUGCUUAUUACCAUCCUGCUAGCUGCUUUAUCAAACAAGUAUUGUGCAUCCUUUCCCUGCAUUCUUUCAACAACUUCAUGACUAGGAGUGGAAACACAAUACCUUCAACUGUGGGUCCGAACAAGAGCAGCCAAGGAAGAAUGAAAUCGUCGCUGUUCUCUGAAGUCCUUGCUAGUUUUACCAAGUCAACUUUCGAAAAGUCAGUGCGCUCUACAGUCUCUAUCUGUUUACUGUGUAUUCCAACAUUUGUGUGUGAAACAACAGGAAAAAAUAAUACAUUGGCUGGAGGAUAACUCAGAGGCUUUAACAUUCUGGUUAAUGUAUGCAAUUAAAACGACCGCAGCCUUAAAUAAAGGGUUAGUCCACACCUUACACAUUUUAUGCCUUUAUGCAGUUGGCUGUGCAUUAGCCUUUUAUUUCUGUACGGGUGAUCAGUAGUGAUACUUGGAUGUUUAGUUAAUUUAUUGCUUUUACUUUCUGUCCAUAGGUGUAGUAUGCUGCUAAUGCUAAGCUAACCUUAACUGUUGCUGCAAGCAAGUAUAAUCCUGUUCAACAUGCCUAAAAUUACAGUAAAAUUUAACCGUCAGCCAUUGACAACAUAAACAAAUCCCUGAGGCUCUAGUUGGGUACGGUGGGGUUUAGACUGCUUUUCAAUGUCAUUAGGUCCCAUGUAACCAUAACAGCUAACAGUGUUAAUUUUUCAGACUGUCCCACUUUGAACUUUACGUUCCUGAGAUGUCAAAGAGGCUUAAUCUGUGUUUUAUCUUGAACAACGUUAGUCUUUUUUUAUUACCUUAUUGCUCUUGCUCUUUUGCUGUAUUUCAUUUGUACCUGGAAGUCAGAACUUCUGAGUUCCAAGUUCAAGAAAUCAACCAGGGCGCUCCCUCAGUCACAACUUUGACUGAAAAUUCUCUAGAUUUUGUAACCAAUCCUAAACUCAAAAUCCACAAUGGCUGCCAGUUGUAUACAACACAGUGAUAGCUGCUGAUAUAAACUGUUAAUUUGCGUUGCUGAUACUUUGUAUCUCAAUAAAUCAGACAUGGACUCAGUUCUGCUCAACCGUAAAGACAGAAAGUGUUGCUACUGUCUUUAAAUUCAUAAUGUAGAGAAAUAUAUUUUUUGCUAAUAUUGCUAACAUCAAUUAGCAGUACUCACCAAAAUCUAAGAAAUUUUCAGAACUGCAACAAACACAUUUAAAAUUGAAAUGAGUCAUAGCUUUCAUUCUAAAGCAAAUUGAACAUAUUAACAUUGCAGAUGGCAGCCAUUUUGGUGAACAAACCACUGGCAAAGAAUAAUGGUAAAAGCUGGCUAUUAGCAGAGUAUUUUAAAGCUAAAAUAAUCAUUAGUGUUAAAAAUAUGGUGAAGAUCAAAGUGAAACUUAAGAUUAUAAUGCAAACACAUUCGUUUCUAAAUGAAUGUCAAUGAUUGAUGUUUACGCUUUGGCUAACACAUUAGCUUUAAAUCUGGUUGUAAUUAGGGCAGUGCUCGCCAAAGAAAUUAGCACAAGGACGAGGGUUGAAAAUGUUUUUUUUUUAAAAGCUCUAUUGUUAUAUUUAUAAUUGUUAGCUACUCCUCGGCCAUUUUCCUGAAAAAGCUAGCAAAACAGGCUGAAGUUCAACUUAGUUUGAAAAAGCCAAAAAGACGUUUUUGUUCUGUUUGUUUGUGUACGCAUUGAUAUUCUCAUGUUCCAUCUGCAGUUUCAAGUUCAAAAAAUGUGCUGGAGUACUACCUGUGUAGCAACUACUGAAAAUGUACAUAUGAAAAAUAUUGCAAAACAAGUGUAUGUCUGAACAGUUAAACAAGUACUGUAUGAUGUGUUUUAUGUGUAAAAACCAAGGAACUGGAAUGUGUUUCGGUGCGUUUCAAGGUAUUUAUUGUGUGGUUUUGAUGUUUUACAUUUUCGUGGACUGACAUGCAGUUUAUUUGUGAGAUUAACAACAGACUGAGGCCUUUGGAGCGUCCAGCUUCUCUGACCGCCUUCUCCGUACGGAACCAGAAUAAAACGGUCAAACUCACUGAAAAGCUUUAUGUUUGCUGUCAGGCUGCGGUGUGGAUCACAACCAGAACCCGCCGCCGCUGCUGUCCCAGGCUGCGGCAUUUACAAUCUGUGAUGACUGUCUAGUUUGUUUUAUUUUUAUUAUUCAUCUUGCGGUUUGCCGGGUUACGGUAUGCUGUCCUGAGGUCAGGAUCCAAACUGUUUCACACUUUCAUCUGAAAUACCUCUGGACAAAAAUAAUAAAUAAAAAUUUACUCGACAAAUGAUGCGUCUGGGAAAACAAAGUCUGAGCUCAACACUGAUAAGCUAUCGCUCUUCAAGAUAAAAGAUUGGCCCUUGUGUACCAAACCCCUUAUCAAAACUCCAUACAGACUUUCCCCUUUUGUUAGAUUAGAGAUUAAAUGUAAACCUAUAAAACCUGUUGUCAGGAUGUGGACUUUUCUCAUGAGGGUUCAUUUCACUGUCAUGUUUAGGCUUUUAUUUUGAAAAUUAAAACUGCCAUUUCAUCGACUGUGAAGGCAGUUCGAUAGAAGUCCUGAACUGGUAAAAGAAGAGCAGUAAAUUGCUCCAGAGAUGAUCUUUGCCACAUCAGACAUGUAAGGUCCCUCAUACUGUGUGGGAUUUAUGGGAAUAAACUCUUCAUUUUUCAUUA